UUUGGCCAAAAACCCCCCUUUGAAUUCGCAAUUCAGAAGCGCGUUCAAACCGAAAGAUACACAGAAAAUAGAAAAAGACGAACAAAUUUCGUCGAGAAAGAAACCUCAAGGAAACCUCCUCCUUCCAACGCCGAAGGAGAACAGGUACUUUCUCUUCAUAUUCGCAUACCUGUUCUCCUACAACAAAAAGCUUUCAUCUUUGAUAGGUUCUCUUCUCCAUAUUCGAUCCAAUUCCUCAAUAAAUUUCAUUACUUUUAUGUGGGGAUCGAUCAUUUGGUCUUAGAUUCAACUGGGUAUUCCUUAGAUUGAAGGGUUAUCAAGUAUAUGCUCAGACUUGUGGCUAUUCGGAUCAAAAUCUGCAAUAAUCUCAGGUUUUUUUUCUUUUUCCAAAAGGGUGUUGAUGAUUUUGCUUUAAAUUGGUGGGAUUGGUGUUUUAAUCAAAAGGGGUUGCUGAUAUUUGAUCUGGGUCUUUGUGUUUUGGGUGAAAUAUUUGAUUGACAGUGAUAAACGUUAAGUUGGUUAUGGUUGUUGUAAUUGAAGGAAGGGUUUUGGAUAUUUGAUCUGCCUAAGCCAGGUUCUGUGUGCAUGUUGAUGUAUCAUAUUGUCAUUGGGAAGAAGGAUCGGCUUGUGAACGUGCCCACCUGGUUUCUGGGUGCUCUCAGGCCAUUUUGCCUGCCCAUUGAACAAAAGGCCUUUUCAUUUUGCGUUCCUAGAGAUAGAUGGGAUAGGGAGUUCUUUAAGCUGCAGGGUGGCUAAGUAGAAUUUGUCAAAUUUACGGAGUUUUUUGGUAGUGAAAUUGUUUUUUUGAGUGAUUUGAGAUGGAUUCCUCGCAAGGAUCGGUGUUGUCUUCAAAUGUGGCAGGGCUAGUUGAUGGUUCAUCAGCUCAAAGAGAGGUGUCUUACCUUGAUGGUAUUCCUAUUUAUGUCAAGGAGCUUAUUGCUGGAGGUGCUGCUGGUGCAUUCGCUAAGACUGCAGUUGCACCCCUGGAACGGAUCAAAAUACUCUUGCAGACCAGAACAGAGGGAUUCCACUCUCUUGGGGUGUUUCAAUCUUUGAAGAAGUUACUGAAGCAUGAAGGUUUUCAAGGAUUCUAUAAAGGAAAUGGAGCAAGCGUCAUUCGUAUCAUUCCUUAUGCAGCCUUGCAUUUCAUGACUUAUGAACAGUAUCGGUGUUGGAUCCUGAACAACUAUUCUGCCUUAGGAACAGGGCCCCUUAUUGAUCUUCUAGCUGGUUCAGCAGCGGGAGGAACUGCAGUUCUAUGCACAUAUCCUUUAGAUCUGGCUCGUACUAAACUUGCUUAUCAGGUUACUGACACUAGAGGAAGUUUUAAUUAUGGAAUGAAAAGCAAUCAUGCUCAACCUGCAUAUAAUGGCAUAAAAGAUGUACUUAGAAGCGUUUACAAGGAAGGAGGUGUGCGUGGACUUUAUCGCGGUGUAGGCCCAACACUCACUGGAAUCCUUCCUUAUGCUGGUUUAAAGUUCUACAUAUAUGAGGAACUCAAGAGGCAUGUUCCUGAAGAGCAUCAAACGUCCAUUAUGAUGCGUCUCUCCUGUGGAGCUCUUGCUGGGUUAUUUGGGCAGACCUUCACGUACCCAUUAGAUGUUGUCAGGAGGCAGAUGCAGGUUGAAAAUUUGCAACCUUCAUUCCAAGGAAGUGCCAGAUAUAGAAACACAUGGGAAGGUCUUACUACUAUUGUUCAUAAUCAAGGAUGGAGACAGUUGUUUGCAGGUCUAAGCAUUAACUAUAUAAAGAUUGUUCCUUCUGUGGCCAUUGGUUUCACUGCGUACGACAUGAUGAAGUUUUGGCUCCGCAUCCCACCUCGACAGAAGACUCAAUCAAUAUAUGCUGCCUAAUUCCUUUGGAAUAAGACCAUAAAUGCAACUUGGUUACAUUGGCUGUGCAAUGCAGAAUGAUGCACGAUCUAUAGAUGCAAGUAAUCAACAAAGGUGUCCUCAAAAUAAUACUCUAUGAUUGUCUUAGUCAAUGAUUAGUAAGAUAUGGUGAACUAAAGUGGGUCCAAGUUGUAAACUUGGUCUUAAGUCUGUUGAGAUUCUAUUUAUAUUCAAGACAGUGUGCUUGUUUUAUUGGGGAGAAAAAUAAUUUUAUAUGUAAAAAUUUGUCCUAUUUAAAGUCGUUUAAUCAUAUGGCAGGAAAAAGUGAUUUGAUUUUUUCCCAAUUGUUAUUGAAUUAAUGUUGUUUGGUUUAAA